UGCGACUGCUGUGUGAGGUAAGAGGCCAAGGUCCGCCCCCAAGUGUGCGCCUCUGGCCUCCCAUUGGUGCAGCCUGCACCUCAGGAAUGUCUCUCAACUCUUCAAAUAGCCUCCCCUGCGCUCGACUUGUCAGUGGUGUCCAACGUUUGAGCCUCCAUCGGAAUAAAAUUAUAGGAGAAAACAACUUUUAAGUUGAGCCUCCUCCAUCUCCAAGAGGGACAGGAUAAAUCAUCACAUAAGGACGUCCUUUUUCAUCUUUUGAGGAGUUUUCUCUUUUAAGCUUUAACUUCAGAAAAGGAGAUGAUGCUGUGGAGCAUCUUUCUGCUGCUGAUGGUUUGGAGGUGUGAGGGUGCAACAUUGGCAGAGGCUCGUGAUGACAACAGUGUGUAUGACUUAUUCGAUCUGGUGCGAGUGAACAAGAGGCACAACGGGGUGACUCUGGUCAAAGGUGCUGACCCUUACAGCCCGGCGUACAAGGUGCUCAAUGCAGACCUAAUCCCCCCGGUUCCCGACAACUCCUUCGGGGACCUCAUUGACUCCGUCCAAUCCGAGAGGGGCUUCAUCCUCCUGGUCAACCUGAAGCAAUCGAGGAAGAACAGAGGAAGCCUUCUGACCAUUGAGAAGAAAGAUGGGUCUGGUCCGGUGUUUGAGAUCAUUUCCAACGGCAAGGCCAAUUCGUUGGAUGUCUUCUACUCCACCGGCAACCAUCAGGAGCUGGUGUCCAUCGAAGAAGCUCACUUGGCCACAGGACACUGGAAGAACAUCACGCUCUUUGUCCAGGAUGACCGCGUGAAGCUUUUUGUGGGCUGUGAGGAGAUCAAUGUGUCCGAGAUGGACGAGUCCAUCCAGAAUGUGUUGUCCCUGGAGCUGGCAGACACCUCUAGGCUCAGGAUUGGGAAGGGAGCUGCAAGGGACAAAUUUAUGGGAGUGCUUCAGAAUGUGAGAUUUGUCUUUGGGACAUCUCUGGAGACCAUCCUGAGAAAUAAGGGAUGCCAAACUGGAGCGACUUUAACCGAUGUUCUCACUCUGGAAAACCCAGUGAACGGCUCCAGUCCGGCCAUUAGGACUGAUUACACUGGCCACAAAACCAAAGAUAUGCAGUCUUUCUGUGACCUCUCUUGCGAGGACAUCGCAGGCAUGUUCAAGGAGCUGCGGGGACUCGGCGUGGUGGUUAAGCAUCUGUCCAACGAGAUCCGUAAAGUGUCUGAGGUCAGCACAGAGAUUCAAAGUCAAAUCAGGAGACACAGCAGUGUGUGCACCCACAACGGGAUCGUGCACAAGGACAAAGACGAAUGGACGGUGGACGGCUGCACUGAGUGUACCUGCCAGAACUCUGCCACUGUAUGUCGAAAAAUCUCCUGCCCUCUUAUUCCCUGUGCCAAUGGCACCGUUCCAGAGGGAGAGUGCUGCCCACGUUGCGGCAACCCAAAUGACUCUGCAGAAGACGACUGGUCCUCCUGGUCUCAGUGGACCCAGUGCUCUGUGACAUGUGGUCGGGGCAUCCAGCAGCGUGGACGUUCCUGUGAUCGCAUCAACAGCAACUGCGAGGGCACCUCAGUCCAAACCCGAGACUGCUUCCCUCAAGAAUGCGACAAACGCUUCAAACAAGACGGAGGUUGGAGCCAUUGGUCUCCCUGGUCCUCAUGCUCUGUGACCUGUGGGGAGGGGGUCAUCACCCGCAUCCGCCUCUGCAACUCCCCCACGCCGCAGAUGGGAGGCAUGGAAUGCCAAGGAGAGGGACGGCAGACUGAAAUCUGCCACAAGUCACCUUGUCCUAUUGACGGAGGUUGGGGACCAUGGUCACCAUGGGACACUUGCACAGUUACAUGUAACGGAGGCAUCCAGAGCCGCAAACGUCUCUGUUCUGAUCCUGUUCCCAAAUACGGAGGAAAAGAUUGCGUUGGGGAUGCCAGCAUGUCUCAAGUGUGCAACAAGCAAGAGUGUCCCAUUGACGGUUGCCUCUCCAGUCCGUGCUUCCCCGGGUCAAAGUGUACCAGCUUCCCAGAUGGCUCGUUCAAGUGUGGAAAGUGUCCAAUUGGUUACACCGGAAACGGCGUCACCUGCAAAGACAUUGAUGAGUGUAAAGAGGUCCCUGAUGCUUGCCACACACAAAAUGGAAUCCAUCGCUGUGAGAACACAGAGCCAGGUUACAACUGUCUGCCAUGCCCUGCACGUUACUCCGGUCCGCAACCCUUCGGAAGAGGAGUGGAGCAGGCGACUGCUAAAAAACAGGUUUGCAAACCACGUAACCCUUGCCAGGAUGGUAGCCACAAUUGCAACAAAAACGCCAACUGCAUCUACUUGGGCGUCUUCUCCGAGUCCAUGUUCCGCUGUGAGUGCAAGCCAGGGUAUGCCGGGAAUGGGCAUAUCUGCGGAGAAGACACUGACCUGGAUGGAUGGCCCAACUCCGAACUGUUGUGUGUGGAGAAUGCAACCUACCACUGCAAAAAGGAUAACUGCCCCAACCUUCCCAAUUCUGGUCAGGAAGAUCAUGACAAGGACGGCCGUGGUGAUGAAUGUGACCACGAUGAUGACAAUGAUGGCAUCCCUGAUGACAGAGACAACUGCCCACGAGUGUACAAUCCUGCCCAAUAUGAUGCAGACAGGGAUGAUGUUGGCGACAGCUGUGACAACUGCGUGUUUGAGGCCAACACUGACCAGACUGACACUGAUAACAAUGGGGAGGGAGAUGCCUGUGCUGUGGACAUUGACGGUGAUGGCAUUCUGAAUGAGCAUGACAACUGCCCAUAUGUUUACAACGUGGAUCAGAGGGAUACAGACAGGGACGGAGUGGGAGACCACUGUGAUAACUGCCCUCUGGAGCACAACCCUGAUCAGAUCGACUCGGACUCAGAUCUCGUGGGAGACAAGUGCGACAACAACCAGGACAUUGACGAGGACGGCCACCAGAACAAUUUGGACAAUUGUCCUUACAUCCCCAACGCCAACCAGGCUGACCACGACAAGGAUGGCAAGGGCGACGCCUGUGACCACGAUGACGACAAUGACGGCAUUCCUGAUGACAAGGACAACUGCAGGCUGGCCUUUAACCCCGAUCAGCUGGACUCUGAUGGUGAUGGCCGAGGGGAUGUGUGCAAAGAUGAUUUCGACCAAGACAACGUCCUGGACAUUUACGAUGUUUGUCCAGAGAACUUUGCCAUCAGUGAAACUGACUUCCGAAGAUUCCAGAUGGUUCCUUUGGAUCCUAAAGGCACCUCUCAAAUUGAUCCCAACUGGGUGGUCAGACAUCAGGGCAAGGAGUUGGUACAGACUGUCAACUGCGACCCGGGCAUUGCUGUUGGUUUUGAUGAGUUCAGUGCUGUGGACUUCAGUGGAACCUUCUUCGUCAACACAGAUCGGGAUGACGACUAUGCUGGUUUUGUGUUUGGCUACCAGUCCAGCUCUCGAUUCUACACGGUCAUGUGGAAACAGAUCACACAGACCUACUGGUCUCACACUCCCACAAGGGCUCAAGGCUACUCAGGCCUGUCUAUCAAAGUGGUCAACUCCACCACUGGGCCUGGCGAGCACCUGAGGAACGCCUUGUGGCAUACUGGAGACACACCCGGACAGGUACGUACACUGUGGCACGACCCUAAGAACAUCGGCUGGAAGGACUUCACCGCCUACAGGUGGCACCUUACCCAUAGACCAAAGAGUGGACUUAUUAGAGUGGUGAUGUAUGAGGGAAAGAGAAUCAUGGCCGACUCCGGAAACAUCUAUGACAAAACCUACGCUGGGGGACGACUAGGCUUGUACGUCUUCUCUCAGGAGAUGGUUUACUUCUCCGACCUUAAAUAUGAAUGUAGAGAUGCGUAAUGCAAUGAAGCCUGGCUGAACACGUCUUCCAGUUUUGAAGCAAUGCACAUUGGAGGAAUGAUGGUAGCGUGAGGUAACGUGACCUCAGGACUUUAAAGCCAAAGGAAAGUUCAAUGAUAUUUCUGCACCAAUUGUGAGCACAGCUCUGCUCAGAAGAAUCCGGCCCCCCUCCCUUUGCAGCUCUGAAGGCGGGGAGGGGGGCACAUUUAUUGCUUUGCACACCUGAACUUUGCUGGUAUCCCUCUGUGGAGGAAGGAUGAAAGGGAACAUUCCUUCAGUUUUCUUUUCAUCUUUGAGCAUUAAUUUACAUCUGCUGUGGACUCUUUUUUUAUUUUUGGUAUUAAGAGAGCAGUAGGAGAACUUUCUUUGGCUGGGGGGCUACGUAUCUCCCCUACCCCUCCUCAACGGAGCCAUUGAGGGAGCAUGGACCGUUUGGAAUGACUGUUACGAUCACAGAUUGUGAGUGUGGUUUGAGUGAAUGUGCAUGUGUUUGUUUUUUUUUUUUUAAAAAAAGGCUAUUUUUCAACAUUUCUUUCAGUGACCCCCUCCAAAUCUUGAUCCAGAUCUGUAUUAUUAAAGGUCUUCUACAUAUAUAGGGAUGGCCGGACAUUAGAACAUCUCAGGUUAAGCACAAAAAGGAGAGCACAGGGCCUCAGAGCAAAUGCUUUGAAAUUAUCUACGUUCUUUUAUGAAGACAUUAAGGGAUGCGGACAUAGUAAUCAAUCAAUAUGAUAACGCCCAUCCCUAUCAACAGCAAGGUCAGUCUACUCCCACGUGUAAGUUAAUUAUAUAUAUUUCAUUCAAAUUUCACCAUCCCAACAACCCUCGAGCAUCUCUGCUUGUGCACGGCAUGCACGAGAGGUGUGCCUGAGCUUGUGUGUGCAAAAAAACGAAAAGGAUAUUCUUUUAAGUACAAAUAUUACCUCAUGAACUGUUUUUGUAUCGAGGCCAGCAAUAGACACCGAUGACUUUUCUUAGUAUAAAUUGGAUGGCUUCAAUUAGUUUUUGUCUUUAUUGGUUGCUUUUUUUCUGGUCUGUUCUGCAAGACUGUACUAUCAAUCAUGUGUUGUAAAUAUAUAAAAUAUUUUUAUAGGGGGGAAAAAAAAAGAAGCCCAAACAGGAACAAUUAUGUUGUGCUCUAUGUAUUUUUCACUGCCUUUUUUGGAUAAAUUAUUGUGAUGUUGAAGUCAUUUGUGUAGAUAUAUGCUAUUUAAAUAAUUUAUCUAGAAGCCUCAUGGAAGCGUUUCUGUCUGUAUAAACUUAUUUGCACACUGAUAUGAGGAUGUCUUUUUUUGUUUUUUUUUAUGUUUUUGACGCUUUUCUAUAUACGCUUUUGUUUUUUGUUUUUUUGACCAAACAAAAAAAAAAAAAGUACUGUUUAUACUCCUUGUUCUUUUAAUAUGUGAACAAUAAACACUUUCA